GUAUCGUUGAAGGAAAAUCCAGAGCCACUCCACAUCACCGGAAGUUGGUAUUUCGGAAUGUACAGCUUCGACCUGAAAGUCCCGAAGAAACUCUAAUGACGGAAGUCAUUGCGCAUAAUCAGAAGAUGGCGGCAAAUUUUAGGAGUUAGCAUUUUGACAGCCUGAACAAAGUUGUGAUAAAAAGUGAUCUAAAUUGUUAAAUUGUUAAAUGCAACUUUCAACUGAACCCAUUAACAUCGGACACCGUGAUGGAAGAUCAGGAUGAUACUUUGGCCUCGCUGGACCUGUAUGAUGACCUGAUAACAGACGAGGGGUUAAGUCGUCAAUACAACUAUGAUGAGCUGUCUAGAAAAUAUGAUGCUGCUGUCCUUAAGAUCACAGAGUUGGAGUCUAAGGUGGAUACUCUGCAAAAAUCUGAGUCGAAGCUCUCCAAGAAUUGUGAAAUCCUAGAGAAGAACAUCUCCACCUUGUUUCUUACUGCACGCCUGGAACUUCAACGCAAGGACAGGGCUAUACAGCAGUAUAAACACAUGAGAGAACCAAGAAAACAAACUAGAAUUGCACCUGCCUCAAAUCCAAGGUUGAACAGGGAUGACGAGAGAAAUCAUUGGGAACAUUCCAAAAAAGCUAGUGACUCAAUCUUAGUGGACAAAGUAAAGACCAAAAGACGUCUCUCCAGUGAUGACCAUGAAGAAAAGAUAAAGAAAAAACGGAAGUUGUCUGACAAAACUGGCAAUUAUGGUGAAGAGAAUGCCUCGAAAUGCAAUAAUGCUUCCACUAGGACAGACAACUGUGGACAGAAUGCUGCUAGGAAAAUACUUGAAAAGAGUAGGAAAGACUUUCAACGCAGGUUGAGUGGAGGGAAGUCGUCAACACAUGCAUAUGAUGAGCAUGAUCAAAAUACAGAAAGAGAAAAGAAGAAAGGAAACAAAGAAGGGGAAUGUUCAGCGAAUGAGUUAAGAAAAGCUGAAAGGAAUGACAGACGAGAAAAGAGAAGAAAAAAUACUGUGGAGAAUGAAAAAAGAGAUGAAACAAAAACAAAAGACAACCGCAUAAAAACUACAUCAGAAAAUGUUCACUUUGUCGAAGAAAACAGAAACAAGAUAGCUGCUUCUGGUGGAGUUUGUGACUUGAGGGAAAAACUUAAAAUGAAAAGAUUGAGAGAUGAGGAAAAUUUCAAGAAAGCCAAUUUGUUGGAUAGUAAAAGAAAUCCUUGUAAUAUUUUAAAAGUGGAUUCCAAAUCUUAUUCUCCUGAAGAGAAGACGAAAUCAUUGGGAGAUAUUUCAUCACCAAAAAAUAACAACCGUCCCUCUCACACAAAUAGAAAUAGAUCAGGAAACAGAUCAUCUGAAGAACAUUCUUCUCCUCGGGUAGGUCUUCUGGCAAAAUCUUGUGAUACAAAAGGGAGUGAUCAAGAACUGAAAAAGAAAGUUUAUCAUCUUUCCCCCAUUUCAAAACCAAGAUCGGAUCGUAAUAAGCAAGUCAACGAAAACAGAAAGUCUUCAGCUGAUACAAAAUCCAGUCUGGACUCGGAAAGAUUGAAGAGUCAAUCAAACAGUUCACAAGGUGUGGUUGCUUCAGACCAAAUUCACACGGGCAAAAAACUACAUUAUGAAAAACCUUCUUAUCCAGUUACACAUGAGAAGAAGACUAGUUCAUUGGAAACACCUUUACCAGACCAAGUUACAAACAGUUUUGAGAAAUGUUCCUCCCCAAAGGUGAAGGAUGUCUUAACAUCAGUGUCUAAGAAAAAUGCUUCCUCAUUAUCUUAUCUGGAAAGAGCUAAUGAGACCUCUACAGUGUCAAAGAAGUCCAAAAAGGAAUCGGCUGAUAAUCGUGUUCCCUCUAGUGUUGAAAGGACUAGUUCAGAGCUGCCUUUGCAGGAAACUGAUGAAGAAAACAUUUCCAGUAAGACCAUCUUACCUGUUGAAGCUAUCCAAACUGGAGGAAAACUCAAGGAUGCACCAACAACUGGACAAGUAAGAAAGAAUGACCAGGAUAAGCAACAGAAGUUGCACUUAUUUUCUGUCGGAAACGUCAAGUCAGAGGAAAUGUCUACAGUUCACAUUUCUGAGCCAGUGCUUGGUUCCCCAGUUUUGGACAGGAAACAUAGGAAAAGUAGAGAAUUCUCAUUGUCUGCUUCAAGUGUGCUUGAAGAGGGUGGUACCAAUGACACUCACAUCCAAUCAGCAACUCAAGAAAUGUGUCUCAUAAAUGUGAAAUUGGUUGAAUCAAGGGAGACAACUCAUCCUAUGGAAUCUUGCGCAAGGGCAAGGCAUCAUUCUAAAGAAAAGCUGGCUGAAAAAGAAAAACAUGAACAAGAAACUGCUUCUCACAGAAAACCUCAAACAAAGCUGGUUGAUGUGAAAAAAGAACAAGGUAACAGACAAACAGAUACAACAACAUAUGCAGAUAAAACUAAUGAAAAACAUCAAGUCAACGUAGACUAUGAACAUGAAAGUCAAAGACAGGAUAGGAAAUUGGAGAACUCUCUAAAAAUGGAUAUUGAUGAAUUGAAAAAGAUCAUUAAAACUGAUCCAGAGGUCAAUAAACUGCAGUCUGUUCCAGAUCGACAAACAACAUCCUGCAGUUUUAAUAUUGACAAUGAUGAUGAAAAAGAGAAACAAAACUGCACUUCAACUGAGGACAUCGCAAUGUCAACAAAAAUUGUACGGUCACCUUUAUCACCGAGAAAUGUGAAACAGACUACUGUAAGAUUAAAAGGCUCAGUCAAAAUAAAAAGUGAACAUAUAACCUCAUCACCUGCUGGGAAAAGUAGAGAGAGAAAGGAAGCUAAAGCCAUGGAUGAAUCAGUUACACAAGUUGAAGCUAUCACCUUGGAGGUAGCUGUGCAUUGUGAUAAUCAUUGUGAGUCGGAGAAGAACAGAAGGAAAUCUGACAGUGAAUCAAAAAUGGAUUAUGUUGAUAUCUCUACCUCUAUAGAUAAUCAAAACGAAGUGGUACAUGAACAGCAAAUUUCUGAAACAGUGGUUUUAGAAGGACAUGCUAGGGAUAUUACUGGUUCACAAAGAGAUUUUGUUAAUACAACAGCUAGAUUGCCUGAAAUGUCAACAGGGGACUACUCAACCCUGGAGAUAGACACAGAGUCAUGUGGAAACGAAAAACUAGACACAGCAUCAUGUGGAAAGGAAAAACUAGACACAGAAUCGCAUGGAAAGAAAAAAGUAGCAGCUGAGAUAUGUGGAAUGGAGGAAUUGGACACAGGGUCCUGUGGAACAGAGGGACUAAACACAAAGACACUUGAAAAGGAGAAAUUAGACACUGAUAUUUGUGAAAAGGAGAAAUUAGACACUGAUAUUUGUGAAAAGGAGAAACUAGACACUGAUAUUUGUGAAAAGGAGAAAUUAAACACUGAUAUUUGUGAAAAGGAGAAAUUAGGUUCAGGGUCAAAUGGAAUGGGGAAACCAGACAUAGAGCUUCAUGAAAAGGAGAACUUAGACACUGAGCUGUGUAGAAUGGAGAAAUUAGACACAUGGUCAUGCAAAUCAGAAAAAGUAGACAGCAAGUCACAUGGAAUGGAGAAACUAGACUCUGAACUUUGUGGAAUGGAAAAGUUAGACACAGGAUUGUGUAGAAUAGGGAAACCAGACCGGCUGUGUAAAACAGAAAAACUAGACACUGAGUCACAUAGUAUGGAGAAACGAGACCCAGAGUCUUUUGAAAUGGAGAAACUAGAUACUAAGCCACAUGGAAAGGAGAAACUAGACACUGGUUCAUUUGGAACAGAUAAAUUAGACACUUUAAACAUUGAAAUGGAUGAAAAGGAGACGUCAUCUGUGAUCGAUGAAGAAUGUGGUAAAAUACUACUUCAUUACAAGGAAGAGUCUAAAGAAUGUCUCACUAAAAGCAGCAAACAGCAGUUGGAUUUGAACGAUUCAGGAAAAGACCGGCUACUCAGUGCUGACAAUCUUUUGAAUAAAGCUGUAGAAGAUGAUUCAGCAGGGAAUAGAAAAAGAUCUGCAUCAUCAGUACAAAGUGAUUCAACUCUAGAGAGUGACCUUGAGAUGAGUUCUGACAGCGAGUCGGAGGAAUCCGGUGAAAAAGAUCGAGUCAGAGAUUCUGAAACUUUUCAUCCAUCUGAUAUAAAAACCGAUGCGUCACAUGAAGACAAACCUUCUCAUGAUCUUAACAAUUCAGUUGUCAGUCACACCUCUGAAGCAGGAUCUGAUGGAGAUGUAGAAGUACAUUGCAGUACAGAUGAAAUUCAAUCUGAAGAUCUAAAUGACAAAGGUUUUGGGCAUUGUUCUCCUAAACAAGAUGGAUCACAUACUCCCAAACAAAUCAGUUCGGGGAUGUUAAAACAGAGUGAAGAGCAUACAGGAUCUGAAAUGCACAAACCUAUAGGAUCUCAAAAACCAGAACAAAAUGAUCUACAGACCCCAGAUAAAAACCAGGAUAUUUAUGAAGAGGAUCUUGAUUAUGAAUACGAGUCUGACAGUUCCUCACUAUCAUCUGAUCAGCAGGGAGGUGGUAAGUCAUCAGGAAAUAACAAUGAACUUUUGCUUGAAAAUGAUGAGGACUUGACAGAGGAGUUUUCUGAAUUGAAUACUGGAGCAGAAGAUUCACAGGACGAUGAACUAAUGAUUUGUGUGUCACCAUCAGAAAGCAUGGAAUUUGAAACGGAGGAAAAUAUUGAAGAAGGUACAAAUGAAAGUGCUAAAAUCAAGAAAUCAAUCUCGCCUAAGAAAAAGAUUCUAUGUAGCAGAUCUAAGCAGGAGGGUGCCAGAACAUCAGCAUCGAAGCAGAAGAACCCUGGUUCUCUUGUCUCUCGACAAAUUUCAAAUGACAGAAAGGAUCAUCAUAAACAGAGUGAGAGAAAUCCUAGCCAUGAAUGUUCCAAGUUAUUACAUUCAAAGGAAAACAACGGCAAUAGAUCAAAUAAAAAAGACAGUUUAGAUAAUCACAGUCAGAAAAAAAGUGAAUCUUAUGGGACAUACUUGGGUGCUAAAACCAGUUAUAGGUCUCGUCAUAAUUACACUGAUGACAGAAGAUUGAAAGAAAGAGAAAGAAAAGACAAAAUGUCGGCGCAAAAGAAACAUAAAGAACACACAGAACGAAUGGGAAAGAACCAUGAUAGUCCAAGGACAUCAAAGGACCAUGAGAGAAAAAGGUUACCCAAGGAUCGCCAUAGUGAUAGGGAAAAGACUUCCAAGGAUCGCCAUAGUGAUAUGGAAAACAAGGAUCGUCAUAGUGGUACAGAAAGGACAAACAAGAAUCGCCAUAGUGAUAUGGAAAGGACAAACAAGGAUCGCCAUAGUGGUACAGAAAGGACAAACAAGGAUGGUCAUAGAAAUCCAGAAAGGACAAACAAGGAUCGUCAUAGUGAUACAGAAAGGACAAACAAGGAUCGUCAUAGUGAUACAGAAAGGACAAACAAGGAUGGUCAUAGUGAUCCAGAAAGGACAAACAAGGAUGGUCAUAGUGAUCCAGAAAGGACAUCUAAAGAUCGUCCUGUUGGUAUGGAAAGGGCUUAUAAGGAUUGUCAUGAUGAUAUAGAAAGGACAUCUAAAGAUCGUCAUGGUGAAACAGAAAGGACAUCCAAAGAUCGCCAUGGUGAUAAUUAUAGGGAAAGAUUGUCUAGGGACCAUCUAUGUCAUAAGGAAAGGAUUAACAAGGACAAAGAAAAGAAAUUUAAAGAACAGCUGAGUGUACAUCAAAGGUCAUCUCAAGAUCAUUUUAGUGAGAAAAAAAGGACACUGAAAAGUAAUCAACAUGAUCAGGAAGGGAAAACCAGGGAAGAUCAGACUGAGGAUGAAGGGGUGUCUAAGGUAAAUCAAAAUCAUCAGAAAAGCCAGCGGGAGAGUUCAAAAAAGACUCUUUCUUCAAAACACGAAAAGACAUCUGAAAAGAAAGCAAUGCGUAAAACGGCCAGAAAUUUAGAACACAAGUAUGAGAGUCCAAAAAUAUUGCGUACAGUGACAUCUGAAACCAUAUUUUGUGCAGAAGGUUCACAUAAGAUGACUGAUACAAUGGAAUUGUAUGAUGAACCUAAAUCAGCAGGUGUAGACAAUCCGUCGUUCCAGGGUGCAGAAAAUAUAACAAUAAGCCAUACUGACCAAGGUGGUGAAGGACAUUUAAGUGACGACAGCGAGGAUAGGGACAGACUUAAUCCAGUACUGGCCAAGAAAUGGUCCACCAGAGUGUGUGAAACUUCUCAACAUAAUAUUGUUAAUAUUACUCGUAUUGAUUCUGAUGAAGAGGACAUGGAAAUCCGUGUCACUGAUAGUUCCAAUAGCUGUUCUGAUGAUUUUUUAUCAGAUGUUUCUGAACCAGAGAAAUGUGCUCGUGUAAGGACUUGGCAAGAAGUUGCGAAGAUAUUUCGUGAAAAAGUUGAUAUUCUUGACAUAGAGAGAGUGAAGGAACCAGGUGUUCAAGAGAGAUCUGACAAUGAAGACUGUUCCUCCUAUUCUGACUCUGAUACCAGUGGGGACGAAAAGGAAAGUGAUGACUGUUGUUAUGCCUUGGAAUCCAAUUACACGUUUGAACUUUGUAAAAAUCCAGAAACAAUAUCCGAUGGGGAAGAUGUAGGAAGUUACGCACAUGUUGAGCCAAGGGAGGGUGUAGGAAGUUACACACAUGUUGAGCCAAGGGAGGGUGUAGGAAGUUACGCACAUGUUGAGCCAAGGGAGGGUGUAGGAAGUUACGCACAUGUUGAGCCAAGGGAGGGUGUAGGAAGUUACGCACAUGUUGAGCCAAAAGCACAAACUGUUUGUAACAAUGCAAUUAAGAGUCCAGAUCAAUGUCUUCUGAAUCCACCAGAAAUCUACAACGACAAUGCCAGUGACAAUUUUACUGACAGUUUGGACGACAGAUUCCAUAAUUGUCCAACAAACUUUUCUAAGAAGUGUGUUAUAAACGAAGAAUCUUUGGAGGAGGGUGAAAUUCUUACAGACUCUGAGCAAAAAGUGGAGACAAUUCCAUAUGGCAUCAAAUCAGGAAAAAAAUCUUCUCGUGUGGGAGCAAUGUUAUCUCAUGGAAAAAAUGUGAAUAAAAGUGACAAACAUGGUAGACCUCAGAACAUCGGUAAAUCAAAGCAUCACGGUAACAGAAGUGACAAGCGUUCAUCUGAGCGCCCAUUAAUUUCACCCAGGCCCUCUCCAAGAAAGGGAAGGUCACCACGAGAUGAAAUGUACCGUAGAAAACAUUUACAAACAGCAGUGAAAGUUCUUCAAAAUAGAUCGCGGGAAAGAAAUUCACACACAGUAACUGGUACAAGUCCUGUGAAGGUACCAAGACAUGGUGGUAUUGGAAACAUUGAUGGGACUGAUUUUAGGAACAGGAUCGAAGAUAAGCCCAGUAGGAGCCUGGAACAUAGACUUCCACUCAGGAAAAGGAAAAGGUCAAGGUCAAGGUCAUGUGAGAAAGGGUCCAGGAUUAAACAUGUCUCACCAAGAAGGUCCUAAUUACCAAACAUUAGUUUCACUGAGUUUUUCAUUAUUACUUCACAGUGAAAUUAAAAUGGCAAUAAGGAAGUAAUGACAAAGUUCUGAAAAUUGUUGAAGUUUUGUACCAAAAUAGUCUGUUUAACUGAUUUUUGUGGUAUUCCUUUUGUCACUCUGAUUGAUUCAUCUAAUUUGGGUUGAUUUUUUCAAAUUUCUUCCUAAUUAAGUAACACCUAGUGAAGAACUAAGAAAAAACACCUGGGAAAAUCAGCUGCAUGAGGACAAAAUGUUAUUCAUUUGGAGGAGAGGGCUUUAGUGAAUUUGGAAAUGUUGAAAUGAUCAUAGCAAGGGGAGUCUGGGUGGGGUGGCAGAAGUUCCAAUUUCAGGAUAAAACUCCUGUGAUAUAUUAUAAUUACCAACACAUUGUUCAAAGGCACUUUUGGCCAGUUGCAUUAGGGUUGCAUGCUUCUGAGGUUCUGUCAAUGUUUGAAGAUGACAUUAAGGGAAGUUGCAGGAUAAUAUUGCCAGAAGAAAAUAAUAUAAUACUUAAUAUCAUUAAACUUUGGGAUUGUGAUAAGCUUUAUAAAAAUGAAAAGCCAAUACUGAUCAAUCUAAAUUUGGUACAUAUCACGAGAUCCAUAAAAUUUCGCAAAUUUCCUAGGCAGUCAGUCACGAUUUCAAAUAUCUGGUCAAUAGAACAAAAAAUUAUCCAUUGUGUUGGUUCUUCUUGUCCAAACAGUCGUGAGUAUAAGUAGAUUGGAUGAUUGACUGCAUAGCAUUUUUAGAGCAAAUCCGAUGCUGAAGUGUUUUCACGUAAGUAACUGUACAUUGAUUGAAAUCGAAGAAAGCUACUGUUUUGAGAGGAUAUUUUAAACCAUACAUUUUAGAUUUUCUUUUCAUUUUGGGCGUGUAUGUGGAACAAUAGAAUUGAGAAAAAAUGUAUCUAUGUGGAUUCAAAUUUUAAGUUUUUUCAUGCGAGAUUAACACUGUUAUGGGAAAUAGCGCAUUAAUUAAAAUGAAAGGGUUGUUCAUUUUUUAAUUCAUUUGGAUAUUUUAUGAACUAAACCUUUACAGUACAUGUAAUUACAUGCAAUUUUUAUGUUAAAAUGUUACUUAAGAAUAUGAUACAAAUUUAAGUUACCUCCCUUGCUUGCUAUGUUUAAUAUUCAAAUCUAUUGUUAUGUCUUUGAUGAUAUUUUCAUUUUUGCACAAAAUCAAAUAAUUGGUUAUUAGCUUUUUGUGAGAAAUUAUAAAAGAUAAAAAAAAAUCCAAGUUGUCUUGUUUAGACCUCAAAUGACCAGGGUGAAACCAAUUACAAAUUUACAAUACAAUACAACCUCAUUAAGAAGAAAGCCAGAGUUCAAAUUUUGUCAUUUUCAAUGUUGUUACAUAAUCCUUCUGCCAAUAGCUGUUGAAAAGCAAUGUCUGUUACUUGCACUGACAAAUGAGGUUGUAAUUCUUUUAUCAAAGUUUUAUUCCAUACACAAACAAUGUCCAUGUUAAAUGUCAAUGUCCAUGUUAAAUGUGCUGCAUUGUUUCAAGGCUGACAGGUCCUUUGUCAAGCUAUGUCUGAGUGAAGGAUUUGUAUUGUUUACCUACACAAUGGCAUGACAGAAUUGUACACCCUAUAUAGCUACCAGUCAAGUUUUUGCCUGGAAUGUUUGACACCCAUUUCUUGUAGGGUGUACAAUUUCAUCACUCUUUUGUGCAGGUAAACAAUACAAAUCUCUCAUUUAUUCAUACAAUUUGUAGCUUUACAAAGGGACCAGUCAGGCUUUAAACCUUGCGACACAUUUAACACGUACAUUGUCUGUAUGAAGUAAAUCGUUGAUAAUACCUAUUUCCAAACUCAUGGUUCUUAUUUAAGAUAUAUGGCUGGGGGCCUAUAUUACUGGAAAACCUGCCUACAUGUACAUGAAAUAUUGUAAUAUUAAUUAAAAUGCAUUUUUUAACCAAAUCUUCAUCUAGUUGUAAUUGUGAUCAGAAAGUCUAUUCCAAACAGAGGCAUAUGGGUCUGUCGUGUUUGAUAUGGGUAGAUUUCACUGUAUAUUCAGGAGACUUCCAGCUUUGUGUGGGGGAUGUUUCGUAUUUUUGUUUAAUUUCCAGUAUUUUUUGGGAUUUCAACCGUGGUGAUUGAGGCUUUCUAGUUUUGUGUGUGAACACCGUACAGUUGUAUAUUCAAAUCUUUUAAACGUAAACGUUUUGAAUGUGAUUAAUCUUUUAUUAGUGUCAUGCAUAAUGAAUACUUGUACUCGCAUGGUUCUAGUGCUAUCCUGUUAUUACUGUUGACACAUUACAAUGGUCAGUGAGACUAUGUAAAAUAUGUCGGCAUUAAGGAUCCCCGCACCACUGCCCAAACUUAAGUAUCAUCUUCGCUACUCGGGGGGGUUACAAUCCGGUAUGAUCUGUCUACCAACUUGUAAGCCUUAACUGGUGAAGAUGACAAAGUAUUGGAAACCUUCUUUUCCGGUGUUACUAUAUCGCUUUGAUAAAUCAUUUCUAAAUAGAAAAACAUACCUUGCAGGAGUUUUAUUAGAAAUAAUAAAGGUGAAAUGAACAAAAUAUAAUCAACAACAGUGUACUGAGUAUAGCAGGUCUAGAAUGGGAUUCAAACCCUGGACCUCAGAUUUUUAUACUGUCCCUCUAUCCGAUUGAGCUACCUGGUCUGUGGAAGUGUUCUGGCCGAACUGUGCUACAGCAGGUAUAUAUCUAAACAGAAAUUAAGGGGAGGUUACUGUAUACAGGAAAAACCACAGGGCAGUGGGACAGGGUUCCUUAAAAAGUUUGAAUUAUUUAUCUGUCAUUGAAUGUACUUGAAUGUAUAACGAGUAUUAUUCGUGGGUUUUUUUUUUUUUGCAUUGAAUUAAUGAGAAGUGAUCAAUAGCUAUUGAACAAUAAGUGAUAAUUGAUUACCAUGUUCCUUGAUUCCUAAUUCUCAUAUUAAGUCUUAAAGCCUAUCUAGGCAUACCACACUUAUUCCUGACCAAGGAAAAAUCAAAGACAGUGGUGAAAUCGCACUAAGAAGCACAUUUAAAUUAAAAGAAACAGACUUGGAGUUGAAAUGUUUAUGUAUUAUAAUUUAAGUCAGUAUAUGUAUGAGAAAGUGUUCUAUUCAUGUCGUAAGUUUUUACAACAAAUCUUGGCUAUGUGAUGAACAGAAUCUUAUAUUUGUCUUCAUUUUAUAUGGGAUAUAUGAGGCGAGCACAAUUAUAAUAUAGAUGAGUUCGCCAAAGACUUGCUAAAUUUAAAAAAGUACUUUUAAGUUCAUAUGAAAUGGAUUUUCAUGCAAGAUCCACUUUAUGACAAUGCAAAUCAUUUUUUGUGUGGUUCAUUUUGAUAUAAAUGUGAUGACUUGUAUAUAUUAACCAAUACAAAUGCUCUUGAGGUGUUACUAAUUCACAUUUCUGCAGAUAGGUCAGUCUCAGUAGACCCAUUCACUUAAAUGUGUACCACACCAAUAUCCUGGUUUACCAUACUGUACAUGUAUUGAUUUCAAAACUUUGAACUUAAAUUUUAGUAAAUUCCGUAUGUUUUUUUAAUACAAGCUCUGUAUUCUCAUAUUUUAUAUGAAAAAAGAAAAUAGCGCCUGUAUUAAAAUUGGUUGAUAUAACUGAAAGAUAAAUUUGUUUAAUGUUUUUAAUUGCCAUGUUGCGACCUCUGUCCAUCCUCCUUUUAUCCAUCAACAUCAACUUUUUCACCCACCAUCAUUAAAUUUCCUUUUGUCUGUUGGCCAUUCAUGUUCCAUCCUGAAACAAUUAUUGUUUGCAUGAUUUCUUAGAAGGUAUGGUGGUCGCUUUUCCCAAAUUUCAUUUACAUGUAGGUUCCGCUUGGUCUGUAGUUAUUAGCUCACCAAGCCCAUCCAGC